GAGCGCGUCCCUUUACGUCACGACGCAGCAGCCAAUCCCGGAGCGGGGAGCAGAACUGCCGGCGUUCAAAUCCUCCGCCUCCCCCGCCCGCCCCUCACCCAGCGGCCCCGGCGCGGCGGCGGCGGCGGCGGCGUGAGGCUCCCGCGCCUUCCCCGGCGGCGGCAUCCCCGAGCAGCUUUCUCUGCGGAAGGAUUGACAGUGAGGAGACCUCUGUUCUUAACUUUUGGAAAAAAACGGGAAAAUGGCAUCAGAAGACAUCACGAAGCUUGCAGAGUCACUUGCCAAAACCAAAGUAGGUGGUGGGCAGUUGAGCUUCAAAGGCCAGAGCCUUAAACUCAACACAGCUGAAGAUGCUGAAGAAGUGAUCAAACAAAUUGAGGAAUUUGAUGGCCUGGAAGCCUUGCGCCUGGAAGGCAACACAGUGGGAGUGGAGGCAGCAAAGGUUAUUGCCAAAGCCUUGGAGAAGAAAAGGGAGCUCAAGAGGUGUCAUUGGAGUGACAUGUUCACAGGAAGGCUAAGGUCUGAGAUCCCUCCUGCUUUGAUCUCUUUGGGGGAUGCACUGAUUGCUGCUGGAGCCCAGCUGGUGGAGUUGGACCUGAGUGACAAUGCCUUUGGGCCAGACGGUGUGCGUGGCUUUGAGGCUCUGCUGAAGAGCCCUGCAUGCUACACUCUGCAGGAACUCAAGCUCAAUAACUGUGGCAUGGGCAUUGGUGGUGGCAAGAUAUUGGCAGCUGCUCUGAAAGAGUGUCACAGGAAAUCAAGUGCCCAGGGCAAGCCUCUUGCUUUAAAAAUAUUUGUGGCUGGCAGAAAUCGUCUGGAGAAUGAUGGUGCCACUGCCCUGGCUGAAGCCUUCGGGAUCAUUGGGACUCUAGAAGAGGUUCAUAUGCCACAGAAUGGAAUCAACCAUCCUGGCAUAACAGCACUGGCACAGGCCUUUGCUAUCAACCCACUGCUUAAGGUUAUAAACUUGAAUGACAACACCUUCACAGAGAAAGGAGCUGUGGCCAUGGCAGACACUCUGAAGGCGCUUCGUCAGAUUGAAGUGAUCAACUUUGGGGACUGCCUGGUGCGUUCCAAGGGUGCUGUUGCUAUUGCUGAUGCUGUUAAAGAAGGGCUUCAUAAAUUAAAGGAACUGAAUUUGUCUUUCUGUGAGAUCAAGCGAGAUGCUGCUCUGACUGUUGCUGAAGCUAUUGAAGAUAAGACAGAGUUGGAGAAGUUGGAUCUCAAUGGUAACUGUCUGGGAGAAGAGGUGUGUGAGCAGCUCCAUGAGAUCCUGGAAGGCUUCAAUAUGGCAUCAGUGCUAGGAUCUUUGAGUGAUGAUGAAGGGGAGGAGGAUGAUGAUGAGGAGGAGGAGGAGGAAGAUGAAGAUGAGGAGGAUGAAGAGGAGGAGGAACAGCAACAGCUGAAGGAGAGAGGAGCAGAAGAACAGGAAUCACUGACUCCUAAGAAGAUAAUUGAUUCACAGGCUUCGACUCCAGUGCCAUCUCCUCCUGUGGAUGUUGCCACGUUCCUUGCUUUCCCAUCACCAGAGAAGCUGCUGCGACUAGGACCAAAGUGCUCUGUGCUGAUAGCUCAGCAGACAGAUACAUCUGAUGUAGAGAAAGUAGUUGCAACCCUCCUAAGGAUAUCCUCAGUCUUCAAAGAUGAGGCCCCAGUGAAAACAGCAGUGCAUGAAACAACAGAUGCCUUGAUGAAAAAAGCCUUCAGUUCUGCCACAUUUAAUUCAGAUGCAUUCAUCUCAAACCUCUUGGUCCACAUGGGACUACUUAAGAGUGAAGAGAAGAUCAAAACUGUACCAAGCCUCUAUGGUAUUCUUAUGACCUUGAACCAUAUGGUCCAGCAGGAUUAUUUCCCUAAAUCCCUGGCCCCAGUUCUCUCAGCUUUUGUUACAAAGUGGAAAUACUGAAAGUAUGUGGAUGUCUGCCUGCCCACUUGUGACUUGCUGGAGACCCAACCGUGCCCUUGACUCCUGUUCGUUUGCUCGCCACAUGCUCUUACAGACCCUCCACCAGCUGUAGGAGACAGGAGAUGAGCCCUUCCCUCCCCACAGGACUGUCAGCAGCAGAGAACUCGGAGCUGCAUUCUGGGAGAGGAUCCCAGAGCCCAUACAGACAUGCUGUCCUUUUUUUUUCUCUGUAGGAAAUCUGUCCUUCCUUCUGCUUUCAUAAACUCGAACAAAUCCUGCUGAACUGUCUUCCUACUCCUCUUGAAGUGAUUCCCUGGUCUGUAGGGCAGGUGCUUACGCUAAAAUAAGUCUGUACUGCUGUGAGCUCAGCAUGAAUUGAAGAGUUCUCCAUUUUGGUUGCAUUGGCAAGGGUGCCAAGAUUAACACAGGGCCCAGAAGAGCCCUCAUCUGGAUCAACCCAGUUUGGCAUUUUCUUUUAUUGGACUUUGACUCCUGCCUUAUAGCAUGUAGCACUGUGCCAGAGGGAGCUGUGCGUCUGCUGCUGCCCUUCUCCGGGCCAGAGGGGUGAGGUGUGAUCCCCUUUGGUUCUUCUUUCAAGUCUGUUGUCAAAGGCAGUGUGUGGCUGAUUUUUAUUUUAAUGUACUUUUCCCCUUCUGCUGUGGCUUGGAAUAUUUGUGUAGUGUGGCUGAUCCUGGUGGCCAUUGCUUAAGGGAGCGAACAUAUUUUAUUGUAAAUUUUUUUUUGCCAUUGCCUGUGUCAUUUAUUCUUCCUGCCCUUUUCCUUCUCACCCUAAUUAAAUAGGCUUGGUUUGGAAAUUAAUACAAUCCAUGAAAUUCCUGUGGAAUGUGUCCCUUUCUCUUCCCUUUGACAAAACACUGGACCUGUGUGCACUGUUCACAUGUUUGAAAGCCAAGCACAUGUAAAAAGAGGGAGAGAAGGUGCUUUUCUCUUGCACUGAACAAGUAGCAGCAGAUGCCACUAAAUCUGUCUGGAGGAUUGUCCAUGUGCCCAUACAUGCCUUUGAGCCACCAUGACAUUCCUCCACACAACUUAAAAAUGUUUAUGUCGAUUGCCUGAAAUGUUAUGUAAAUAAAAAAUUAACUCCA